CGAACCAAGCAUAAAAUAUCGGCGAGGCAUUUUUUCAAUUUUUCCCAUAAAAUCUGCUAUAAAAAUAAAUCAAAAUGCGUGAAAUCGUUCAUAUCCAAGCCGGCCAGUGCGGAAACCAAAUUGGUGCAAAGUUCUGGGAGGUUAUUUCGGACGAGCACGGCAUCGACCCUACCGGCACAUACCACGGAGAUUCGGACCUCCAGCUAGAAAGAAUCAACGUUUACUACAAUGAAGCUACCGGUGGCAAGUACGUCCCCAGAGCCAUUUUAGUUGAUUUAGAACCCGGUACAAUGGACUCUGUGAGGUCUGGUCCGUUUGGUCAAAUAUUUCGACCUGACAACUUUGUAUUUGGUCAGAGUGGUGCCGGUAACAAUUGGGCCAAAGGUCAUUACACAGAGGGAGCUGAAUUGGUUGAUUCUGUACUUGAUGUAGUCAGAAAAGAAGCAGAAAGUUGUGAUUGUUUACAAGGCUUCCAACUUACACAUUCCCUGGGUGGUGGUACUGGUUCCGGUAUGGGAACUCUCUUGAUCAGCAAAAUAAGAGAAGAAUAUCCAGACAGAAUCAUGAACACAUUUUCAGUUGUGCCAUCCCCAAAAGUAUCAGACACUGUUGUCGAGCCAUAUAAUGCCACACUCUCUGUACAUCAACUUGUAGAAAACACUGAUGAAACAUAUUGCAUUGACAACGAAGCUCUAUAUGAUAUCUGUUUCAGAACAUUAAAAUUGACAACGCCAACAUAUGGUGACCUCAACCACUUGGUUUCAGCUACAAUGUCAGGUGUGACCACAUGUCUUCGUUUCCCUGGUCAACUGAAUGCAGAUUUACGUAAACUUGCAGUUAAUAUGGUUCCCUUCCCCCGUCUCCACUUCUUCAUGCCAGGAUUCGCACCCCUCACGUCCAGAGGCAGCCAGCAGUACAGGGCUCUCACAGUUCCAGAGUUGACUCAACAGAUGUUUGAUGCCAAGAACAUGAUGGCUGCAUGUGAUCCUCGUCAUGGAAGAUACCUAACAGUUGCUGCCAUCUUUAGAGGUAGAAUGUCGAUGAAAGAAGUUGAUGAGCAGAUGUUGAAUGUUCAAAAUAAGAACAGCAGUUACUUUGUUGAGUGGAUUCCAAACAAUGUAAAGACAGCAGUCUGUGACAUUCCUCCAAGGGGUCUUAAGAUGUCAGCCACAUUCAUCGGUAACUCAACAGCUAUCCAGGAGCUGUUCAAGCGCAUAUCAGAGCAGUUCACGGCUAUGUUCCGUCGUAAAGCUUUCUUGCACUGGUACACUGGUGAGGGUAUGGAUGAGAUGGAGUUCACUGAGGCAGAGUCCAACAUGAACGAUUUGGUGUCCGAGUACCAACAAUACCAAGAUGCCACAGCUGAAGAGGAGGGCGAAUUCGAAGAGGAAGAAGGAGAGGGUGAAGAAUUUAUCACUUGUUGAGGUUUAAUGAUGGUUUGUGUGGUUGGAUUGAGUGGAGUUAGUUUUAUUUUGUUUGGAACUCAUUGUUCUUUUGUUAGAUUUUUAUUUUGUUUAAAAUUGCAUCCUGAUUGGCUGGGUUUUUUUUUACAUUGAAUAAGUCAUUUUUCAUAUUAAGGAUGCUGAAUUGUUUUCCAGUUAUUAUUCAACUUGUUUUAUUAUAUUUUUCGCAAGCUGUAAGUUUUUUACAUUCAUUCAUAAUUUUCUGGAACAAAUUAAAAAUAU